GCGGUUCGGAAAAGGCGCCAAAUCUUACUGAAAAGUGAAGGGCUUACUGUUUCUCUAACUUCUCACUGCACAAUGUCUUGCGUUUCGUCUGGUUUCUCUUGCAUCAGUGGUGCUCUCAGCAAGGGGCAGAUACAGGUCAUUCUGGGUCCAAUGUUUUCUGGAAAAACUACAGAGUUAAUGAGGAGAAUGAGACGGUAUCAAGUAGCCAAUCAGUCCUGCCUCAUCAUCAAGUACUCAAAAGAUGAUCGUUACGACAAGAAUGGGGUAGCAACACACGACAAACAAGUCAGUUCUGCAAUGGCCGCUACUAAGUUAUACGAGUUGAAGAAGACAGUCGGUGACUAUGGUGUCAUUGGAAUUGAUGAGGGACAAUUUUUUCCUGAUCUUGUUGAGUUUUGCGAAGACAUGGCAAAUGCUGGUAAGACUGUCAUCGUAGCGGCACUAGACGGGACCUUUCAAAGAAAAGCAUUUGGUUCAGUACUUAAUCUUAUCCCAAUGGCGGAGUCAGUAGUGAAGCUUAAAGCUGUCUGUAUGAUGUGUUUUAACGAUGCAGCAUUUACUAAGAGACUGGGCUCAGAAAAGGAAAUUGAGGUGAUAGGAGGAGCUGAUAAGUACAUGGCUGUAUGUAGAACGUGUUAUCAGCUGCCGUCAGUGAAGCACUCGUUAUUAUCAACAGAGACUCCUAUUAGAGGAGGGGGACCAUCCGUUAAUGGCCGACAAUUGUUUGAUUUUACCGACGAUUUUAUUAAUUGACUUACACACUUCUCACAGACAUACAUGUAGCCUAUUAUU